GUGUCCACCACGGGUGUCCUCAGUGGAAGCGAGAUGGCUUUGAACCAGCUGGCCGAGCAGAGGAGUGCUCUGGUGGCGGCUUUGCAUGCUCGGGCGUCCAGGGUCAUUGCAUCUACAAACUCUGAGGGUGUUGAGUCUAUGACUUCGAUGGAGACGGGUGAGAUUUCAGACACUACGGGCGACCAGAUGAUUUGGUUUGCACGGAUUCGGAACAUGGUCCAGCGUGGUUUGGACCGGAUGCGCCCUCACCCUACGGCCUCUCCUGCCUCAUGGUACUCUCAGUCCCCAACUUGGUCCAUAGCUACGCCGACCUUUACCACCCCCGAGAUCCCUCGACCUGAACAACAACCUAGGUUGAUGCAGCCCGGACACAGCGAGGCCCACGGCGACCAGUCGUCAACGGGAUCCUUGCAGCCAGAGGUUGUGCAGGAAGAGGUACGCAAGGCGGUGCAGCUAGCUAUGCAGGGUCGUGACACGAAGGUGAGCGAACUGCAGAAUGAGAAUGCGGAGCUGAAACAGCUCUUGAUGGCGAUGAUCAAUGCAAGUACGGAGGGAGCAGACGGUGAGGCGAGGCCUACAGCUGUGAAUGCCCAGGGUGCCAAGGCGCACCGAUGCGAGGGGAUCUUCGUGCUGAACGAGAGGCGGGACUACGAGAGGGGCACGCUCUACGCUCCAGGGGUACCAGUCCAUCAGGAGUCAGUCCCGAAGGCGGCAACGGCGAAAAUGUUGCAGGAGAGCGCAGAGGACAAGAGUCCGAUGGCGUCGAUGGACUUGCUGGCCCAAGGCAUCCAACAGCUACAACAGUUGCAGCUCAAGAAGGAUUUCCAGGACCCUGAGCUGCUCAAGGGCAAUAUCACGUUGCCCGUGCUUCCGGAGCCCUACCAGGACUCCAGUGCUGUGAUGUUCUUGGAAUGGAUCUACGAGGCGGGCCAGUUGAUCGGAUCCAUCACGGACAAGGCCACCAACUGGUGGCUCGGGAACUUGGAACUGGCAAAGAUGGCGUACUACAAGUUCCAGGCCGAGACCCCCCUGAAGAGGCUUUCCAUAACUGUCGGCAACGACGAGGCGGUGCAUGGAGAAAAGUGGGUUCGCCUGGAAAGGCGAGUGAUGGCGCUGCUCUUGGCCACAAUGAACUCGACGAUCAAGGCGGAGAUCACCAUGCUGCGGAUUGACAAGGUCAAGAGCUGCCUCUUCAAGCUCUUUACAAUCUACGCCCCUGGAGGCGCGAGCGAGAGGGCAAGCCUGAUCAAGCAGCUUGAGCAUAUUCAGCCUCAGAACAACGUCGUAGAGAUGAUUGCCGCGCUCCACAAGUGGAAGAAGCUCAUUGGCCGAGCAGCUGAAAUGGGAGUCUCCCUGCCCGAUGGAAGUGUGCUCCUUGUUGCACUGGAGGCGGCCAUCAAGAACCUCACGGAGAACAACAAGGACAUCAGUUUCAAGCUGAACAUGGCUAAGAGUGAGCUCGGGCUUCCCUACAAGCCGGCCUUGUCCGCGGUGCUCACGUACGCGGACCAUGUCAUUGCGGAGCUCCAACAGGUGAUCCCUUUUAGCAACCAGAUCGCUAAGCUGAAGGGUGCGAGCGUGGAUCCGAGGACGCCUUCGUCAUCCACUUCUCCGACUGGGAAGGGCCAGGGACAGAAGCAACAGCCACCCUGUAAGUUUUGGGCUACUGAUGAAGGGUGCCGCCGUGGUGCCAAUUGCAAGUUCACGCAUGCCUUUGCCAGCAAGGAGGACAAGAAGGCCA